AUGGCUGAGCCAGUGAUUCUUUCAGCGGUGAUAAAGAUUGGUGUUGCUCUAGGGAGUGAAGCACUAAAUCAGGCUAGCUCGCGGUUACAGAAGUUCAGUACACAGCUAACAGAGCUUCAGGGAAGCAUGGGUCGGAUCAGAAGGGAGCUCAGGCUAAUGCAUGGAUUUCUUUGCCGAGUGGACGUACGGAAUAGGAAAAAUCUGACCUAUGCAAUAUGGGUUCAAGAGUUGAGAAUGCUUGCCCAUGGGAUUGAGGACAUGGUGGAUGAUUAUUUGCAUCUUGUAGGUCAUAACCAUGAUAGUGGAUGGGGUACAUAUCUGAAGAAAAGAUUCAAGCGACCAAAUGUGUUGCUUUCUUUGAACAGGAUAGCUUCAUUGGUUAAGGAAGUAGAGGUUAAUCUUGUGCACAUGUUCAAGGCUAAAGAUCGGUGGGUUUCAACCCCAAGCCCUGGGAAUUCCACAGACUCAAGUUACAUUGUUGAGACAUCCCAACAACUCGUAAGCAUUUCAAGUUCCCUUAACGAAGAUGAUCUUGUGGGGGUGGAUAAAAAUAGAGAACAGCUCGAGCAGUUGUUGGCAGGUGAUGAUUUGGAACGCUCUGUGAUAGCACUGCAUGGAAUGGGAGGACUUGGUAAAACAGCUUUGGCUGCAAAUGUCUACAAUAAGGAGAAAGAAAAGUUUGAAUGCCAUGCCUGGGUCUCCAUCUCUCAAACUUACUCCACAAAAGAUGUUCUGAAAUGUCUAAUUACUGAAUUGUACAAAGGGGGAAAUAGCACACCAGGUAACAUGGAUCAUAUGAACACUGCAGACCUUCAAGAUAAAUUGAAGACAUUCUUAGAGGGCAAGAAGUAUCUGAUUGUAUUGGAUGAUGUUUGGGCUCCAGAAGCUGUGACUGACCUAUUUGGAGCACUUGUUCAAAAUCAAGAGAAGAGUCGAGUACUUGUGACAACACGCAUUGAUGGUGUAGCUAACCAUGCUUUGCAAGACCGGAGAAUAACACUUGAAGCUCUGUCAAAAGAUGACUCAUGGGAACUCCUCUGUAAGAUGGGGUUUUCGAGAGAUACAAAUCAUAAAUGCCCCAUUGAACUGAUAGAAUCAGCACAGGAAAUUGUUACCAAGUGUAAAGGCAUACCUCUUGCAAUUGUCGCCGUUGCCAGGCUCCUCUUCGUGCGCGACAAGACCAGAGAGGAAUUCAAGCGAAUAUGUGACCAGCUCGAGUGGGAGCUAGUUAACAAUCCAAGCAUGGAACAUGUCAGGAAUAUCCUUUACUUGAGCUUCAUGUACCUUCCUACACACUUGAAAAGUUGUUUACUGUAUUGCAGCUUAUUUCCGGAGGACUACCUUUUCAAAAGAAAAAAACUUGCACGGUUAUGGACAGCAGAGGGAUUCAUCGAGGAGAGGGGUGCAAGCACAUUAGAAGAAGUGGCAGAAGGAUAUAUGAACGAGUUGGUUCACAGAAACAUGCUACAACUUGUUGAAAGGAACUCAUUUGGCAGGAUAAGGAGAUUAAAAAUGCAUGAUAUCUUACGUGAGUUGGCCCUUGAUUUGUGUCAGAAUGAUUCAUUUGGUGUGAUAUACGAUGAACAAAAAUGUGGGGGGUCCCUUGAGAAGGACGGGCGUCGGCUGGCAGUGCACAAAAUAGCGAAGGACAUUGGACAAUCAGUUCCAAACAUACACCAGCUUCGGUCCAUCAUUGCAUUGGACACUAGCAUGUCAUCUUUCACUCUACUACCUCUUUUAUACGAGAAGUCAAGAUACAUGACAGUGCUCGAAUUAAGCGGUUUAAGUAUUGAGAAGAUUCCAGAUGCUAUUGGGGAUCUCUUCAAUCUCCGCCAUUUGGGUCUGCGUGAUUCAAAAGUCAAGAUGCUCCCGAAGUCUGUUGAGAAACUUUCAAAUUUGUUGACCCUUGACCUUCAUGACUCUGGCGUACAUGAGUUGCCUAGUGGGAUUGUGAAACUGAAGAAGCUUAGGCACUUAUUUGCUCAAAAAUUGAAUGAUCCAUCUGGUAGAGUUCUCUGGUCAUUAAGUGGUGUAACCAUCCGCAAGGGUCUUGGUAACCUAACUAACCUGCAUACACUGCAAGCGUUGGAAGUACAGGAUGAAUCUAUCAAAGAACUUGGUGAGUUGAGGCAAAUGAGAAGCUUGAGGUUAUUGAAUGUGAAGAGAAUCCACUGUGAACGCCUUUGUGAAUCUCUAGUUCAGAUGCACUUUUUAUCCACCCUAGAAGUGAAUGCAAGUGAUGGGAAUGAGGUUCUCCGACUGAAUGCCCUCCCGUCAAAUCUACAAAAGCUAAGUCUGAGAGGAAAAUUAGUCGAUGAGGCUUUAGAAGAGUCUCCUUUCUUCCACGCCCUAGGUCAAAACUUGUACUGGUUGGGUCUAGAUUUCUCGCGGCUGAUAGAAGAUCCACUGCCAUCCCUUUCUCAAUUGACAAAUUUGACGGAGCUGUUUUUUACCGAAGCAUACAUUGGAAAGCAGCUGGUCUUUCGCAAAGCGUGGUUCCCAAACCUGAAGACUCUGCAGUUAAUGGACCUGCCACGUCUGGAGCGGCUAGAGAUAGAGGAAGGUGCUAUGGAGGCUCUGAACAAAUUAUUCCUAGUCAAUCUCAACAGCAUGACUGACAUCCCAUCUGGCAUUGAGUUACUCUUGACCCUCCAUUAUGUAUGCUUCUACGAAAUCACCCUAGACUUUUUGACAUUGCUGCGCCAAUGUUCUAGAAUUGGUGGUAUGCGGUUCUGGCACAGUCUUCGUGAUUGA